UCAAGUUAAACCUGUCAACAAGCACUCCACCCCUUGGUUUGAUGAUCUUGAGGUUGGAGAGGGUUUGACAUGAAGCAACUGAAGGAGCUUUACAUAUUAUACCUGAUCUCUGUCCAUUUUAUUUUUGUUUAUGGUGGCAGGCAGUUUUGCAGAUAAUCUUUAUGGUUUAGGGUCAGAAGAUUAUUCGGUCCUAGUUUUAUGUUUAAAUGAAGCUACUAGCGAUCUUAAUAGAGAGCGCUGGAGAAUUUGUGACCUUUCAGAUAUUGUUUGAAUUACAAUUACAGUCAUCUCCAAAUAGUAAUUUGGUCUCGUGGGAGUUGGGGGCCAACAUUUCAAGGGUACAAUAUCUCCUGUUGGGAGUGAACAGACCAUAGAAUAAAGUUUGUGGAACAUUUGCAUCUUUUGAUCAAAGAAGAAAGGCAACUAUGUCUCAUACACGUAAGCCCCCUCUUGUGACGGGCAUUUCUCCUAAUGAAGGCAUUGCAUGGACUAAGGUCACAAUUCGAGGAGAAAACCUAGGAACGGGACCAACAGAUCUGAUAGGCUUGACAAUCUGUGGACACAAUUGCCUUCUCACUGCUGAAUGGAUGUCUGCCAGCAAAAUUGUGUGUCGAGUAGGUCAAGCUAAGAAUGACAAAGGGGACAUUAUCGUAACUACAAAGUCAGGAGGGAAAGGGACUUCUACUGUUUCUUUUAAACUUCUGAAGCCUGAAAAAAUAGGUAUCCUAGAUCAGUCUGCUGUCUGGGUGGAUGAAAUCAACUAUUAUGACAUGCGUACGGACAGAAACAAAGGGAUGCCCCCUUUGUCUUUACGGCCUGCUAAUCCUCUUGGCAUUGAGAUAAACAAAGGAAAGAUUCCACAGAAAGAGUUGGAGACACUGUUUCCUGGAAAGAGUGCUGAUUUUACAAGUGAAAACUUUUCUGCUGCUUGGUAUUUAAUAGAGAACCAUUCAACAGCCAGCUUUGAUCAGCUUAAAAUGGCAGUGAUAAAUCUGAGGAAACAAGCCAACAAGAAAAACGAGGGCAAUCUACAGUAUGUCAAAGGAGGUCUCAGCACUUUUUUUGAAGCACAGGAUGCCUUGUCAGCUAUCCAUCAAAAACUAGAAGCGGAUGGAACAGAAAAAGUAGAAGGAUCCAUGACGCAAAAACUAGAGAACGUUCUCAACAGGGCAAGUAAUACCGCAGAUACAUUGUUCCAAGAAGUUUUGGGCCGCAAAGACAAGGCUGAUUCAACAAGAAAUGCCUUAAAUGUUUUACAGCGCUUCAAAUUUCUUUUCAAUCUUCCAUUAAAUAUUGAAAGAAACAUUCAAAAGGGAGAUUAUGAUGUAGUUAUUAAUGACUAUGAAAAAGCAAAGUCAUUAUUUGGAAAGACUGAAGUUCAAGUCUUCAAAAAAUAUUAUGCUGAAGUUGAAACACGAGUUGAAGCAUUAAGAAAACUUCUUUUGGAUAAAUUACUUGAGACACCAUCAACAUUACAUGACCAAAAACGCUACAUAAGAUACCUUUCGGACCUCCAUGCAGAGGGAGACCCAGCUUGGCAAUGCAUUGGUGCACAACAUAAAUGGAUUCUGCAGCUUAUGCACAACUGUAAAGAGAGCUACAUUAAAGAACAAAAAGUCAAUCCAUUGAUACAUAGUCCACUGCUUGAUUUGGACAGUGAAGUUCGCCCAUCUUCACUUGGCCAUCUCAGUCGGAGUGCCUCAUUGAAAAGAGGCAGUAGUACUCAGUCCAGUCGAGAUGACAAUUGGCGAUUUAAAACUCCUCAGCAAGUAGCAUUUGUCGAAAAGUUAACUAAACUUGUAGUAAGCCAGCUUCCCAACUUCUGGAAACUUUGGAUUUCUUAUGUGAAUGGAAGCUUAUUUAGUGAGACCGCUGAAAAAUCUGGCCAAAUGGAAAGAUCAAAGAAGAAUGCCAGGCAGAGGCAAAAUGAUUUCAAGAUGAUGAUUCAGCAAGUGAUGCAAUCACAGGUCAAACUGAUACGUGGUGCUCUGCUUCCAUUCAGCCUUGAAGAAAAUGAACUAAAAGAAUAUGGUGGCUGGGACAUGAAACCUGAGCUUUCUAGUCAGUGGUUACCCCAUGUCAUUCAAACUGUUAGGCUUAGCUAUGAAUCUCUUACUGCACUUGAAAUACCAAACGAUAUGCUUCAAAUCAUCCAGGAUCUCAUUUUUGACCUGAGAGUCCGUUGCAUAAUGAUUACAUUGCAACAUACAGCUGAAGAUGUGAAAAAAUUGGCUGAGAAGGAAGAUUGGAUUGUUGAUAAUGAAAGCUUGACCAGUUUGCCAUCACAGUUUGAACAAUGUGUUAUACAUUCCAUCCAGUCACUUAAAGGAGUUUUGGACUGUAAACCUGGGGAGACUAGCAUUUUUCAGCAGACAAAAAUACAGGAAGAUGUGUGCCAUCUGAGCAUUAAUAUCAUGCAGGUAUUCAUAGAUUGCCUGGAGCAACUGAGUACAAAACCUGACAGUGAUAUAGAUACUACCCAUCUUCCAGGUGACAUCUCAUCUUCAGAUUUAUUUGGAAGCAUCCAUGAAGAGUUAAGUUUAUCUGUAGAACGAAGGCUUUUAAUUGUCCUCAGUAAUUGCUGCUAUUUGGAACGUCACACAUUCCUUAAUCUGGCUGAAAACUUUGAGAAGCAUGGUUUCCAAGGAGUGGAAAAAAUUAUUCAAGUUAGUAUGGAUUCAUUAAAAGAAUUAGAUCAGCGGCUGUUUGAAAUAUACAUUGAGCUAAAGACUGAUCCCAUAGUAGGUUCAUUGGAACCUGGAAUUUAUGCUGGUUACUUUGAUUGGAAAGAUUGUCUUCCUCCAACAGGUGUCAGAAACUAUUUAAAGGAAGCUUUAGUACACAUAAUUGCUGUACAUGCUGAGGUAUUCACUAUCUCAAAGGAGCUUGUACCCAGAGUUCUGUCAAGAAUUGUUGAAGCAGUUGCCGAAGAACUCAGCAGACUAAUGCAGUGUGUUUCAUCUUUCAGCAGGAAUGGUGCUCUACAGGCUCGACUUGAAAUUUGUGCCUUGAGACACUCCGUGUCUGUAUUCCUCACCUCUGAAAGCAACUCAAGCUUUAAGCAAGCUCUGGAAGCCUUGCCUCAGCUGUCAAGUGGUGCAGAUAAAAAAUUGCUGGAAGAACUACUGAACAUAUUCAAGAGCAGCAUGCAGUUUCAGCUCACCUGCUUUCAAGCUUCUUCUUCCACAAUGGUGAAGACCUAAUUCUGAAACUGAAUUCUUUUCAUGAAAAGGGAACCAUAAAUGCCAUCAGUGUGGUUCUCAAGUAACUGUACUGUUCUUUUCUGGGACCUCAUUUUCUUAAAUCAAAAUUCAGAGUAAAAUUAUUAAUAGAUCCAUUGCUUCUGGAAAUAGCAAACAAUCCCAUUUUGUUUGGAUGAGAAUUUAUUCUGAAACAUUUUAAACAGCAGUAUAUCUCUGUAUGCUUAAAAGCUUGGCAAGCUGGUUGUAUUUAUUAUCCUAAUAAAUGUUGACAAGUGAUGUCACCUGAUUCCUUAAAUUUUUUAGCAUAUUUACCAAAAUGUUCUAAAAUUCUCCAUAAUGGUAGAUGUUUUGGUUCAUUAAAUGAUGGCAUGUGUACUUGUAUCAUCAUCUAUCAUCACACAUGGACCUGAAGGCCCAUGGAUUGCCUGCUGGCCUCUGUGGAAUGAAUUCUGUAUAUAAUGGUAUGUGGGAAAGAUCUUGGGAGAGUAGUCCAAGAGACACCGCCAAGGGAAUGAACAGAUAAGAGACAGCAUAGCCCACAACUAGAUAGCAGGCAGGGCAAGAAACUCAGAAGAGACCCUCCCUAUUUUCUCAAGCUGUAAAGGAGAUUGGGGAGGGGGGGGUGUUAAACUUUGAAGCUUGCCAGAUUCUGUGAAUGCAGUUUUACAGUAAAGUAGAAUUAGCUCAUCUAUUUGUGAUUUGUAUCAAAUUUACCCCACAGGGCCAACAACAUGUUGCAUUGCAGUGGAACUCUUUAUUGAUGAAUUGAUUACGUGAUAUCAAGUCACUAUUGACUCUUAGCAGCCAUAUAAAUAGCUCUCCGGGUUGAUCCAGUUGUGCAUUGUGAAAUUGAGUGUAACUGAGUCCACCCACUUUUCUGCUGAUCAUCCUCUUCUCUUUCCUUCCACCUUUCCCAGCACUUGCAGACUUUUUCAGAUCAUGUGAGUUUUCACACAGUGUAUCCAAGAUAUCUUAAUUUUAGCCUUGAGUGAGAAAUCUGGAUUGAUUUGUUCUAUAAUUCAUUUAUUUGUUUUCUUGGCUGUCCUUAAUACUGUCAGAGUUUGACUUCAGCACCAGCAUUAAAAAGUGUCAAUCCUCUUUAUAUCCCGACUAAACAAUUCAUCAGUAAAUUACCAUUGAAAUGGGGCACAAAUUGCUUCUGUAUA